UCCGGGAAUAAAAACAAAUUAAUCACAGUGACAAAUCAUCCUUUGCCGAGAACUACGAAGCAAAAAUCAAAUGAUUUAGAUGACAACACUGGUGGUCUUAAUAUAGCUUUCAAUCUGCUGUUUGGCAUGGCGUUUCUUGCUUCAAGUUUUGUCGUGUUUGUCGUCCAGGAGGGAACGAACGGUGCAAAACAUGUGCAGUUCGUUAGUGGCGUUGAUCCCAUUAGCUACUGGACUGCUUCGUGGUUGUGGGACAUGGUGAAUUUCACACUUCCCUGUAUCGGCGUUGUUAUUUUGUUUGCAUGUUUUAACGUUCCUGCGUACACAGAAGGCUAUCGUCUUGGAAUAGUUUUUCAUUUUGAUGUUUUAUGGUUCAGCCAUCAUCCCGUUUAUGUAUCUCUUCUCGUUUCUCUUCAAAACGGCGUCGAAAGCUUUCAUCUUAUUGACGUUGUUAAAUAUUGUAACUGGUCUUGUCGCCUUGCUUGUUGUGUUCAUCAUUCAGAGUCUUGACUACCAUCACACUGUUGAUGUCCUUAACUGG